UUUCUCGGCCGAGUCGUCUUCUUCCUUCGAUUUGUCCUUCCCCAUUCCCAUCCACCUCCACGAACGCAAGAGGACGCUGUUGCAAGCCCCACCCAAAUAGUCGUUGCAAGCCGCUCUAAGGCUGCAAGGCAAGGCGCCGGCCACCGCUCCCAGCCACCGGUGUGCGAGAUGUGCUUGGCUGCUGCCCAACCAGCGCACCAGCGUGCGAGAUCAGGGCUCGGCGGCGCCCCCAAUGCACCGGUGGAUGACCCUUGCAGCAGGCACGUUCACGACCGGCCUUGCGGCACCAGCUAGCCAUGGAUCUCGCAUGGGGGCGGCGACGCUUCAUGGUGCAGUAAAGCGAUGUCUGGCGCGACGCGCUCGUGGUGUUGCCAACACGACGAGCUCUGCGGGUGGUGCUGAAGGGAAGUGCGCUGGGUUGCAAUGGAGCGCUGAUGGAGGCUGCAAUGGAGCGUCGCGUGAGUCGUUGAAGCGACGCCGGAGCUACAAUGAAGCGCACCGGAGCUUCGUUGAAGCACGCCGGAGUUGUAAUGAAGCACGCCGGAGCAGCGAUGAAGCGUGCCGGAGCUUCAUUGAAGCACGCCGGAGCUGCGAUGAAGCGUGACGGAGCUUCAUUGAAGCACGUCGGAGCAGCGACGAAGCAUGUCGGGGCUUCAUUGAAGCAUGCCAGAGCUGCACUGAAGUACACCGGAGCUGCAGUGAAUCAUGUCAGGGGUCGUUGAAGCUCGUCAGGGGUUGCAAGGGAGCGCUUCCAGGGAUUGCAAUGGAGUGUCGUUGGGGCUGCAAUGGAGUGCCGCAUGGUGCUUCCAUGGAAGCUGUUGUGCUGAAGCUUUUUUGGUCGCGCUCGUCAUUGCCAUUUGAGCAGCACCCAGAUGGCUCCGCGGUGCUGUGAUGGAACGAUCGCCGGCGGCUCCAGUGCCGCGAGGUCACCAACGUGCUGUGAGGUAGCAGACGGGUGCAGAACUGCAGAUACUAGAUGCUGUGCGUGGUGGACGGAAGAACAAAGGAGGAAGAAGUUGACUCCGUCUGUUGUGAUCGCACGAUCAGUAUCCGUCAGAUCGGACGGCUGGCUAGGCGGCUUAAUUCUGGAACAAAUCAUCUGGCUGAUUUGUGGCAGCCGCCCAAAACCUAAACAAUGUUCACAUGGCGUGAACCGUGGAUAGCAAGUAGCAUGCUCCUGUUUGACUAGCACUAAAAUACUUCGUGCGUGGAUAGCCACGGCGCGGCAGAGCGCUCAGCCUGAGCCCAUUAAGCCGCCAUUCCUUCUCGCCAACCGCCCCACCGGCAAGUCCAGCUUCUGAUCGCGCCAUGGACGCCGGUUCCUUGUCCUCGCCGCUGCACAUCGUGGUCGUCCCGUGGCUCGCGUUUGGCCACCUGCUCCCGUACCUGGAGCUCUCCGAGCGGCUCCCCGAGCGCGGCCACCGCGUGUCCUACGUCUCCACGUCGCGCAACCUCGCCCGCCUCCCCACGCUGCGCCCCACCGCGGUGCCGCGCGUGGACUUCGUCAUGCUCCCGCUUCCGAGCGUCGACGGCCUCACCGACGGUGCUGAGUCCACCAACGAUGUGCCCGACGACAAGCGGGGGCUCCACUUCAAGGCCUUCGACGGCCUCGCCACGCCCUUUGCGGAGUUCAUGGCCGCCGCGUGCACCGACGAGGCCACCAGGCCUCACUGGGUCAUUGCUGAUUGCUUCCACCACUGGGCCGCCGCCGCCGCCGAGCACAAGGUCCCAUGCGCGAUACUUCUUCCGACCGCUGCUUUGAUCGCUACAGCGCACCGUGACUCGCUAUCGGAACACGGGGGAGCACCGGCUGUGACCCGCACUACCCGCCCUCGUUACGAGGAGGAGGAGACAGCACCCGUCUACGAUGACCAUGGCGCGUCGGGUAUGUCCAUCGUCCAGCGCUUUUACUUGACGAAAGAGAAGUGUGCGCUUGCGGCCAUUCGGAGCUGCGUCGAGUGGGAACCCGAGUCCUUCCCGCUGGUGCCAACGGUCAUCGGCCUACCGGUUGUGCCCCUCGGCCUUCUGCCGCCGUCACCCGAUGGAGGCCACCGUGCCGACGGCACCAAUGGAUCAGCAGAGCACGGCACCGUGCACUGGCUGCACGUGCAGCCGCCGGGCUCGAUGCUGUAUGUGGCGCUGGGGAGCGCGGUACCGCUGCGUGUGGAGCAGGUGCACGAGCUGGCCCUCGGGCUGGAGCUCACCGGGACACGCUUCCUCUGGGUGAUGAAGCUAUCAGUCGACGACGACGGCGCCGACAUGCUUCCUCCCGGUUUCCAAGAGCGCACUCGUGACCAGGGGCUGGUGACCACGGGGUGGGUUCCCCAGAUGAGCAUCCUGGCGCACGCCGCUGUGGGUGGGUUCCUGACGCACUGCGGCCGGAACUCGCUGAUCGAGGGUCUCCUGUUCGGGCACCCUCUCGUCAUGCUGCCCAUCUGCGUGGCCCAAGGGCCCAACGCGCGGCAAAUGAAGGUGAAGAAUGUAGGGUUGCAGGUGGCGAGGGACGAGAGUGAUGGGUCGUUCGACCGCCAUGGCGUCGCGAGCGCGGUCCGGGCUGUCAUGGUUGAUGGAGAGGCCAGGAGGAGCUUCAUGGCAGGUGCAGCGAAGAUGCAGGAGGUCGUAGCUAAUACGGAGCGGCAGGAGAGGUACGUUGACGAGUUUGUACAUCGCCUUAGAUCUUACACCGCCGAAGGCCAUUUCCGUACAGUCGCGUCUGCCUCGCUUUGAGCCACUGACAGGUGGGUUAAUGGCCCUAAGUCAGCUAAGAUGAAGUCAGUGAAUCUCAACCCCCUCAUUACCUCAGACUUCAUGAAUU